UUCGUGAAUCCAGCCACUUCAAUCCCUAAAUCUUCAUCGCCUCUUCGUCGCCUCUUCCGCUCUUCGUCGACUCUUCGUCAGCGAAUCUCCAGCGAAUCUCCAGCCUCGAGUUCGUGAAUUUCUUCGUCACCUCGACUUCGUGAAUCUGCAGCGAACCUCGUCGUCGAACUCCCGCUAACCUCGUCGUCAAACUCCAGCAAACCUCACCGUCGAAAUCUCGUCGUCGAACUCCAGCGAACCUCGCCGUCGAACUCCAGCAAACCUCGCCGUCGAAAUCUCGUUGUCGAACUCCAGCGAACCUCGCCGUCGAACUCCAGUAGGAUUGAUAAAGUAGAUAGAGUAUUUUCGCAAGAUCCCAGCAAAUGGGAUCAAAGAAGCAGGAUAAUAGAAGGAUGCUUCAACCCCUGGGAGUUGUGUGGUCUGGUUAUAAAUUGUGCUGAAAUAAGAUCAAGUUGGGAAUGUUAAUUGAGGAAGCCUUCAGAGCUGAGACAAAAAUCAUCAAACACUAGAUCAUGCCGUAUAGCCUCCUUUUUGAACAAUAGCAUAGGUGAUGGAUAUAAAGGAUUCAAUUGAGGAUAUCCCAGUGCAAGAUCCUCCAAGUGACGAGUUCUCUGCUGUUGAUCUCACCUGGACCAAAUAUGCUGCUACAGAGCAUAAUGUUGAUGAUGUAGCUCUUAUUCCUUAUGACCGAAUUGAUGCUUUCAUAAGUGGGGAGUGUUCCAAUGUUGAGUGUCCAACUCGUUUUCACAUUGAGAGAGGAAGGAAAAGAGACAAGGGAAGCCCAAGGGAAUAUAAAAGCGAUGAAUAUCUUGUAUAUAGGCUUUAUUGGUGUUCGUUCGGACCUGAAAAUUAUGGAGAGGGAGGUUCUAUAUUGCCUAGCAGAAGGUAUAGGCUCAACACAAGAAAUCGUGCCGCUCGACCGCAGUCAAUGCGUGGUUGCAAUUGCCAUUUUGCAGUGAAGCAGUUAUAUCAUCGCCCUUCGCUUGCACUUAUUAUAUAUCAUGAAAGGCGUCAUGUGAACAAGUCUGGAGUUAUAUGCCAUGGCCCUCUUGAUAGAGAUGCUAUUGGCCCAGGUGCGAAGAAAAUUCCUUAUGUGUGCAGUGAAAUCCAACAGCAGACCAUGUCCGCUCAUAUUACCUUGGGCAUCCUGAGGAAAAUGUUAUUGCUAGACGUGCAACACCUAGAAGGAAUCCAGCGUUACUGUGGUUCAAAUCCUCAAGUCAGUAGUCUUGCUUCUCAAUAUGUUCAAAAGCUGGGAAUGAUCAUUAAAAGGUCUACUCAUGAACUGGAUCUGGAUGACCAAGCCAGCAUUCGUUUGUGGGUGGAAAAGAACAAGAAAUCUGUGUUCUUUUACCAGGAUUCUUCAGAGUCUGAUCCGUUCAUUUUAGGAAUUCAAACUGAAUGGCAGUUGCAACAGAUGAUACGAUUUAGUCAUCAUGGACUUUUAGCAUGUGACUCGUCAUUUGGGAUAAGCAAACUCAAGUAUCCAUUGUACACACUCCUGGCAUUUGACUCGAGGCAGCAUGCUCUUCCUGUUGCAUGGGUUAUAACUCGGACCAUUACCAAGCAUGAUGUAUGUAAAUGGAUGAAAGCGCUUGCGGAUAGAGUUCGUGCUGUAGAAUCAUCUUGGAGAAUCAAUGGCUUCAUCAUCGAUGAUCCAGCUUUAGAGCUUGAUCCCAUCAGGGAAAUAUUCUGCUGCCCCAUUCUCUUCAGUUUGUGGCGUAUUAGGAGGUCAUGGCUUAGGAACAUCACCAAGAAAUGCAAUAAUAUUGCAGUUCAGCGUGAAGUAUUUAAACGCCUAGGAAAGGUAGUGCACAACAUCUGGAGUAGAAUAGAUCCGAUGGCUUAUUUGGAAGAGUUCUUUCAAGAUUUUGUUGACCAAACUGCCUUCAUGCAGUAUUUUAAGGGUUGUUGGGUGCCAAAAUUAGAAAUGUGGCUUUCAACUAUGAAGAGUCUACCACUGGCCAGCCAGGAGUCAUGUGGAGCGACUGAAGGAUAUCAUGUAAAGCUCAAGCUCAAAAUAUAUGAUGAUUCACAUCUUGAUGCCCUCCAACGCGUGGACUGGUUGGUACACAAGUUGACGACCGAGCUCCAUUCUAGUUACUGGCUUGAUCUCUAUUCAGAUGAAAGUGGAUCAUUUCAAACUGUAAAAGAGGAAUACAUAUUAUCUACUUCAUGGCACAGAGCGUUGCACAUUCCUGAUGACGCUGUUUCAUUCGAUGACAAAGAGCACCUUUUUGCAAAGGUUAUUAGCCAGAAGGACAACACCCAAUCUCAUAUUGUUUGGAAUCCGGGUUCGGAGUUUGCAUUUUGUGAUUGUUCCUGGUCAUUGCAGGGAAACUUAUGCAAGCAUGUAAUUAAGGUAAACAUGCUUUGUCAACAUGAGAAUUAUCCACUUUCAAUGUCAUACCAGUCAUUUCAACAGAUUCUUCUGAAUUUUUGGAAGACACCCGUUGAUGAUUCGCUCAUGCUCGAUCAAUCAAUGGCAUGGGCUACACAAAUACAAGACAAGAUUGAAAGGUUGACGGAGCUCAUGACUUCAAAUAAUAUUGCUAAUGUGGCAAAUAGUUUACCAUUGAAAUGGGUUAGUAGAAAAGGAAGAACAUCUGUUGGCAAGCCUGCGGAGGGUCCUCUUGCUCUUCCUGCUGUUCCAAAGAGCGUUCUUGCUCAGAGGAAGAAGUCCAGUAAUAAGAAAAAGACCCGGAAGAGGAAGAGGUUGUCUCGAAUUACUUACUACUAGUGUCAUUAAUCAAUUUUAUUGUGAUGCUGUGAUCGACUUCCUUUUGAUAAACUUUGAUACUGUUUCAAUUUGUUGUCAUUAUUCUUUUGCUCGGAGGAGCCGUUUGCAUCUAUCUGUAUGUUGUAGGCUAUUGAUCUUUUGUGUAAAUUUGUUGGCAUUAUUCUUUCUUCAGAGGAGGUGUUUUGGAUCUGUA